AUGGAUGGGUCCGAAGAGCAGAGGAGGAGGAAGAAGAGACAGCAGCGGGAGAGAGAGGAGGUCAAGAGGGGAGAGAGGAGGAGAGGAAGGGAGAGAGGUGAAGAGGAGGGGAGAGAGGAGGAGAGGAAGGGAGAGAGAGCAGGUGAGAGAAGGAGAGGGAAGAGGAGAGAGAAAUGCAUGGCUGGGUCCAGAGAGCAGAGGAGGAGGAAGGCGAGACAGCAGCAGGAGAGAGAAGGAGGUGAAGGAAGAGAGGAGGAGAGAGAAGGAGAUUGGUGGAGAGAGGAAGGGCGCGAGAGGAGGAGAGGAAGGGAGGGAGAGGAGGACAGAGAGAUGCCUGACUGGGUCCGGAGAGCAGAGGAGCAGGAAGGAGGGUUAGCAGCAGGCGAGAGAAGGAGAGAGGAGGAGAGAGAGGGAGAGAAGAGGUGA